CCAGAAAGACCUUAAGAGCUGGGUCCAGGGGAACCUCACGGCCUGUGGCCGCUCCCUCUUCCUCUUCGAUGAGAUGGACAGGAUGCCCCCCGGCCUGAUAGAAGUCUUGCGACCCUCGCUGGGCUCCUCCUGGGUCGCGUAUGGGACCAACUAUCGGAAAGCCAUCUUCAUCUUCAUCAGCAACACUGGUGGCGAGCAGAUCAACCAGGUGGUCUUGGAGGCAUGGCGCAGCCGCCGGGACCGCGAGGAGAUCCGCCUGCAGGAGCUAGAGCCCAUCAUCUAUCGCGCCGUGCUGGACAACCCGCUCCAUGGCUUCUGGCACUCGGGCAUCAUGGAGGAACGCCUCCUGGACGCCGUGGUGCCCUUCCUCCCGCUCCAGCGGCACCACGUCCGGCACUGUGUGCACAACGAGCUGGCGCAGCUGGGCCUGGCGCCCCGGGAUGAGGUCGACCAGGCCGUGCUGGACAGCACCGUCUUCUUCCCCGAGGACGAGCAGCUCUUCUCCUCCAACGGCUGCAAGACCGUGGCCUCCCGGAUCGCCUUCUUCCUCUGACUCCCAGGGCGUCCGUGCGGGAAGG